CAUCAUAAGACCGGUUUGUAAGUGUCAUCUGAACCAAAUAUUUCGCAAGUUUCCCGUAGAAUUCAAAAUCAUGACCGACUCGGUGGUUGGCAAUCGACACAAGAAUUGUCUUCCUUGCCGGCUAGUAAGUGGAGCCGGUGUUCUUGGAAUGGGCAUAUAUGUCUGGGUACAAGCACAGAAACGACCUCAAACCGUUGGUCGAUUCGCCAUGUACGGCGUUGCCGCUGUUGCAGGCGGAGUCGGAUUAACCCGAAUUCUGGACAGUUAUCCUUUCGGUAAUUCGAAAGACCCUCCAAAAGAAUAAGGCCGUAUUAAGGUGUUCAAAGUUUGUUUCAUAUUAUCAAUAAAUUGUAUAUGUUAAAUUACAA